UUCAUAAUUAUUUCAAAAGAAAAAAAAAAAGAAAAAGAAAAACUUUCAUGCUAUACUUCAACUCAUUUGCCUGAGCUCUCUCUUUCUAGCAAGAAAUUACUCUGAGGGUAAACCAAUAACUAAUGAUGGGAUUGCAAUUUGCAUUGAAGACGUUUCUCCUCCAUCUCCUGCUUGUUCUGUGUACUCAUCGAAGCCAUGGAGACGCCAGGGAGAUGACGAUAAGCAAUGUUCUGAGACUUCCAAGUGAGGAAGAAAAUGGUGUCUCAGAUAAGGGAAUGCAUAGAAGUCGCCCUGUUCAUGCAAAUCCAUCAACCCGUAUGGAUCACAUGGACCCUUCACUGAUGAUUUUUUUCACCCUGAAUGAUCUCAAGGUGGGCAAGAAAUUGCCCAUAUUUUUUCCUAUGAAAGAUUCUUCAUCUACUCCUCCUUUGAUGUCCAGAGAUGAAGCAAAUUCCAUUCCCUUCUCCUGCGCAGAUCUUCCCCAUCUCCUUCACUUCUUCUCCUUCUCUCCGGGUUCUCCCCAAGCCAAAGCCAUGGAACAUACUCUCAGAGAAUGUGAGAUAAAACCCAUCAAGGGCGAGACUAAAAUCUGUGCUGCUUCAUUAGAAUCCAUGCUAGAUUUUGUACGAGAAACCUUUGGAUCGGAGACCCAAUUCAAAGUUCUGAGCACAACCCAUCUCGCAAAAUCAAGAACCCUUUUGGACAAUUACACCAUCCUGGAUGAGCCCAACGAAAUACCAGUUCCAAAGAUGGUAGCAUGCCAUACGAUGCCGUAUCCAUACACAGUCUUCUAUUGCCAUAGUCAAGAGACCGAGAACAAGGCAUUUGUGGUGUCACUAGGUGGUGAUCAUGGAGGGAGAAUAGAAGGAGUUGCAGUUUGUCACAUGGAUACCUCUCAAUGGAGUCCAAAUCAUGCAUCAUUCCGUGUGCUUGGGAUUGAACCAGGAACCUCCCCUGUGUGCCAUUUCUUUAGAGGAGAUAAUCUAGUUUAUGUUCCCAUCAAUAUGCCUAUCCAUGGCUAAUAGAAUCAAGCUAGCACUUGUUCUUGAGUUCCUAUGCCCGCCAUGAUUAAUAAUGUACUCUCAGUGUGAUCGAUAGAUUAGAGUGCUUUGUGCUUAUUAUGUACCUUUGGCUUCAAUAAAAAGCCUGUUUCGUUUGAGUGUAAUAA